CAACUCUCUUGUCUUUUGAAGAAGAGCCUCUCUUUCUUUGGGAAUUUAAAGAAAUUCUCCAAGUAUCUUCUUGGUAAAAAGAAUUGGGAAAAAUAUUGUGUAGAAUAUGGCAGCAGCAAAGACGGCAAGCACACAUGACGAACAUCAGAAGCACAAGACUAAGAGAGGGGAGACAGUUGUGGAACACAUCACCAAGCAUCCCCUGCAGAACAGGUGGGCCUUGUGGUUCUUCAAAAAUGACAAGCGCAAAACCUGGCAAGAUAACUUGCGGCUUGUUACCAAGUUUGAUACUGUGGAGGACUUCUGGGCACUGUAUAGCCAUAUCCAACUAGCGAGCAAGCUGACAUCUGGCUGUGACUACUCUCUUUUCAAAGAUGGUAUUGAACCCAUGUGGGAAGAUAACUGGAACAAGCAUGGUGGUCGUUGGCUUAUCACAUUGGCUAAGCAGCAGCGACGUACAGAACUUGACCGUUUCUGGUUAGAGACCUUGCUGUGCCUGAUUGGAGAGAUGUUCUGUGACUACAGUGAUGAUGUCUGUGGGGCAGUUAUCAAUAUUCGUGCCAAAGGGGACAAAAUUGCCAUUUGGACCCGAGAGGCAGAGAACCGGGAUGGAGUAAUCCAUAUUGGGCGUGUGUAUAAGGAACACCUGGGGCUCUCUUCAAAAGUGGUGAUUGGUUAUCAGGCUCAUGCAGACACAGCUACCAAGAGUGGCUCCCUUAUGAAGAACAGAUUUAUCGUGUGACCUCACUGGGCUUAAACUCAAUCCUUGGCAGGAUGGCUAAAGAUGAGCUACAUGAAGAUUUAGCAUGAAUCCACUCUUCCCAUUAAAAUGUUGUAACCAAGUAUUUUGGAUUCUUGACUGGAGUGGAGUUAUAUAGAAAGUAUUUAUACUUGGGCAAAAUGGUUUCUGUUACCCUCAAU